CAGGAUUUCACUGGAACCCUUCAUCAUCCAGCCGCUGUUACGCAUUUGAUACUAGCUCCACCGGUCGUCUCGACCGUAGCCCCACCACCCCUCCGUCCGCAUUCGCAGUCCAUAUCAGUGACCAACCCAGCCUGACGCAUACAAUAAUUCAGCAUCAUGGCCACACCAGCCUCGAGCCUGCCCGAAGGCGUCAUGUCCUUGCUGGACACAGAUCUAUACAAGCUGACUAUGCAAUGCUGCAUCCUCAAGUUCUUCCCAGAUGUACAAGUCACAUACAGCUUCACCAACCGGACGCCGGAGAAGAAGCUCAGCCGCGCCGCGUUCAAGUGGCUGCAGGCGCAAGUCCAAAAGCUCGAUAAUAUUCGCGUAACGCCCGAAGAGCUCGACUUCCUCAAGAAGAACUGCCCUUAUCUCACGAGCCAAUACCUCAUCUUUCUUUCUGAUUUCAGCCUCAAGCCAUCGACACAGCUCAAGCUCACUUUCACCCCAAUCAACGACACUGGCGCCGACGAGGACCUCGGCGAUUUCCGCAUCGACACAGAGGGGCUAUGGCUGGACACAAUAUUAUACGAAAUCCCGCUUCUCGCCCUCGUUAGCGAAGCGUACUUCAAGUUUGUCGAGAGAGACUGGUCGCAUGAAGGGCAGGUCGAUAAGGCAUACCAGAAGGGUAUUGCGCUGCUGAAAGAUGGCUGUAUAUUCUCCGAGUUCGGCACAAGGCGGCGGAGAGACUACCACACACAAGACCUGGUUUUGCAAGGGCUACGCAGAGCAGCAGACGAGACCAAGGCAGCGGGCUGGAAGGGUAAACUCUCAGGAACGAGCAACGUGCACUUCGCUCACAAGCAUGAGCUGGUGCCCAUCGGUACCGUUGCGCACGAGUGGUUCAUGGGUGUCGCCGCCAUCACAAACGACUACGAAAACGCUAACGAGAUCGCGUUGGAGUACUGGACCGCGACUUUCGGCGAGGGCGUCUUGGGCGUUGCGCUGACCGACACCUUUGGCACCCCUACUUUCCUCAAGGCCUUCAAGAAGCAGAUCCCCAGUGUGACGACUGCUAUUGAAGGUCGCAGCAAUACCCUACCAUCCGCAGCAGCCAUCAGCACACAGUCGCUCGCAACGACAGAGCCACCGAUCCACGCGGGUCUCGAGCGCGCAGAUCGACCGAGGAGAACGUACGCGGAGGUGUUCUCUGGUGUGCGCCAGGACUCUGGAGACCCGUUGGAGUUCGUCAAGAUGAUGCGCGAGUUCUACGACCAGGAAGGUAUCAAGGACAAGAAGACCAUUGUGUUCUCCGACUCCCUAAACCUUGACUUAUGCUUCAAAUACAAGGCCGCCGCCGAGGCUGCCGGCUUCCAGCCCACCUUCGGCGUGGGCACGUUCCUGACCAACGACUUUGUCGAAAAGUCGACAGGCAACAAGUCGGUUCCGCUCAACAUCGUCAUCAAGAUCGCGUCUGCAUCUGGGCGCUACGCUGUUAAGAUCAGCGACAACGCCGGUAAGAACACGGGCGACAAAGCGACAGUUGAAGACGUGAAGCGGCGGCUGGGAUAUACGGAGAAGGAGUGGGCUGGCGGCGACGAGAAGACAAGAUGGGGAUCUGCGAAGGAGCCUGCUUCAUGAGCGGUCGUGCUACACUACCAACUGGUUGGAUAGUUUGGUCUACGGCGACAGAGACCGUUUCAGCUGGCUUGAGCUGAGUUGGAGACACUCGAUACCCCAAAGAAGCGCAUUCUGAAGAAGCCGAUACUGCC